AGUAGUAUUAUAUAAGUAAAAAAAAAAAAAAAACAUGAAAAGAUUCAGUAGAGCAGCAGAGUGACGCGAGGAUAGAACGUUUGAGAAACAGGCUCCGUGACGUCACACUGACUAGCUGCAUUCCAGUCCGUUGAAGAGCUCGCGCUGCUCAUCUGUAUAAUCAGAAUGACUUGGCUAGCGAAGGGAAGUCAAAUGCUGAACGCCUUAAGGUUUUAAGGAGAGUUUUUACCCAUUUACUUAACUUUGACUACACAAGUCUUACAAAUACAGUUACUGAACAUCUCCACCAUUAUUACAUACCGUAGUAGUUCAGUCACACGGAUUAUGAUCACAAAGAAAAUGGUGAGUGACGUUCAUCAGGCAGAUGAGAAAAUGGAUAAAAAGACCAAAAAAGCGAAGAAGAAAAACAAGAGGGUGAAGUUUGCGCUGUCUUCUCCAGUUGAUUUGAUGGAUUCGUCCACUACAGCUCCUGCUGACAGCGACAAAUUGCCCAACUCUUUGAGCAAAAGCAGAUUUAGAUUUCUGCACCGCAUUUUUGGCAAAAUACGGUCAUUCUGUCUGCCAAGCAAGUAUUUGUCUUCUGAGCAGAAGAACAGCGAUACCAAGACUGAGGCUUCUUCCUCAGCUGCAGUUGACAGAUCAUCUGAGGAGCAUCGAGAAGCUGAUCUGCUGGCUGCAACUCAGGAGACUGAACCCAUCACAUCAGUUGUUGAAAGGAUAAAACUGUCUCCCAGCUUCGAUGGUUCUUUCACAUCCAUAGACGCAUUUUCUGAUGAAGAGACUCAGGAGACAGAACCUUUCGCAGAUGUAGCUGUCGCUCCGACAUUUGCUGCUAUUGAUCUUGAUUGCCUUCAAGAAAUUAUGGACAGUUUAGGAAGUGAGCCGCUUGGAAAUACCCCGACUUCAGCACCGCUGUGGGUCAGUGAUUUGUUCGGACAGCAAGCAGCGACUGAACAGGACAGAGAGACGCAGGGUGAUGAUGCUGACCAAGCUCCUUUGGGUCUUCCAAAUUUAGGGAACACUUGCUAUAUGAACUCCGUCUUGCAGUGCCUCCUCAGUGUUUCCCCCUUCCGGGAAGAUGUGCUUUCCCUGCAGGAAGACUGGAAAAAUGAAGCCGUAUUGCUUGGAGCAUUAUCUGACUUGCAUAUGAGCAGGCUGGACAGCAGUGACUCAGAACUGAAGAAAAAGCUCUUGGCUAAAGUUAAAGGCUACAUUGAAAAUGAUUAUCCAAAUUUCGAGGGAAACCAGCAGCAGGAUGCCCAUGAGUUCCUCAUGGCUUGUCUGUUCUGUCUGAAAGAGGAGAGUGAGAUUCUGAAGAUAUUUUGUCCCACUUACACUUGCCCUGUGGCCAAUAUGGAGUUCAGGCUCAACCAUGAGUGCACAUGCGACAGCUGUGGCUUCCAGAAGAGCUUUCCAGAAGAUUUCAACUACCUCUCGCUGGUAAUCGGCCCUCAAGCAUGUCUAACAGACAGUCUGCAGCAGUGCUUGAACGCAUCUUCAAUUGAUUGUGCGUGCAGCCAAUGUUCUGGCACCAAGGCCUCUGAGACUCUGAAGUUUCUCAGCCUUCCACAGGUCCUGGUCUUUAUGGUGAUGCGCUUUGACAUCACCAUGUGCAAGCUGAAGGACCAACUGGAGAUUCCUGAGGAGCUGACGCUGUCCUGUGUUGAAGGAGGAAGUACCAGCUGUCAUCAAUGCACAGUACAGACUCAGUGGUGUUGUGUCGCAUUUGGGAAGCAAUUUGUCUUCUGGACACUACAUCAGUCAUAUUCGUAACCCCAGUGAAGAUGGAUGGCUGCGGUGCAGUGACAAUAUUGUCAGAGAAACCAGCUGGUCGGAGGUGUCCAUGGACAUUGAGACAAAUGGCUACUUGUUGUUUUAUGUCAAAAGCUGAGCAGCGGCUGGUGCAUGAAAGUUUUAAAGAAGUUGGAAAGCAACAGAUGAGGAAGAUCCCACCGCUUAAUAUGAAACUGCUCAAUCCUCCUAGUCAGCGAGAAUGGAUCUUUAGAAACCCACAUGCUCUGGUUUCUCUCACAUCACUUGGUCGAUUUGUGAGUCAAGAAGUCGAGUUUUGUGUAAAGAAGUGUUUUUCAUUCUGUUGUUUCAGCUGUGGCUUCCAGAAGAGCUUUCCAGAGGAUUUCAACUACCUCUCUCUGGUCAAUGGCCCUCAAGCAUGUCUAACAGACAGUCUGCAGCAGUACUUGAACGUGAGUGCAUCUUCAAUUAAUUGUGCGUGCAGCCAUUGAACAUUCCACAUGGCACCAAGGCCUCUGAGACUCUGAAGUUUCUCAGCGUUCCACAGGUCCCGGUCUUUCUGGUGAUGUGCUUUGACAUCACAUCGUCUUCCAUGUGCAAGCUGAAGGACCAACUGGAGAUUCCUGAGGAGUUUACGCUGUCCUGUGUUGAAGGAGGAAGUACCAGCUUUCACCAACGGACAGUACAGACUCAGUGGUGUUGUGUCACAUUUGGGAAGCAAUUUGUUUUGUGGACACUACAUCAGUCAUUUUCGUAACCCCAGUGAAGAUGGAUGGCUGCGGUGCAGUGACGAUAUUGUCAGAAGAACCAGCUGGUCGGAGGUGUCCAUGGACAUUGAGACAAAUGGCUACUUGUUGUUUUAUGUCAAAAGCUGAGCAGUGGCUGGUGCACGAGAGUUUUAAAGAAGUGGAAAGCAACAGAUGAGAAAGAUCCCACCACUUAAUGGGAAACUGCUCAAUCCUCCUAGUCAGUGAGAGUGGAUCUUGAGAAACCCACAUGCUGUGGUUUCUCUCACAUCACUUGGUUGAUUUCUGAGUCAAACUUGCUCCUGGCGGUUUGAUUAAAGGAGCACCCCAUUUGCGUUCCCUCUGGCCCGGGACGUCUCAUGGCAGCAUCUGGGGACUAGGAUUUGUUUUUGGACAGUUGGUGGCUGUGUUUUCCCUCACUCGUCCUUUUGGGAUUUACAUCAUCCAUUUGAGAGCAUCAGAGGUUCAUCGAGAGCAGUGAACUUUGCCAGUGCCAGCAGCCAUAUGACUGUUGCCCAAGACUGGUUGCCCACUGAAGCUUAGCAAUGUUGAGCCUGGUUAAUACCUGAAUGGGAGACCUCCUGGGAAAACUAGGUUGAUGUUGGAAGAGGUGUAAGUGAGGCCAGCAGGGGGUGCUCACCCUGUGGUCCGUGGGUCCUAACGCCCCAGUAUAGUGACAGGGACACUACACUGUGACAAGCACCGUCUUUCGGAUGAGACGUUAAACCGAGGUCCUGACUCUCUGUGGUCAUUAAAAAUCCCAUGGCACUUCUCGUAAGGAGUAGGGGUGUAACCCCCGGUGUCCUGGCCAAACUUUGCCAGUGUCAGCAGCCAUAUUACCCUCUAGCCCACUGAAGCUAAACAGGGUUGAGCCUGGUUAGUACCUGGAUGGGAGACCUCCUGGGAAAACUAGGUUGCUGUAGGAGGAGGUGUUAGUGAGACCAGCAGGGGGUGUUCACCCUGUGGUCUGUGUGGGUCCUAACACCCCAGUAUAGUGUCGGGGACACUAUACUGUAAGAAGCACUGUCUUUCGGAUGAGACGUUAAACCGAGGUCCUGUCCCAUGGCACUUCUCGUAAAGAGUAGGGGUGUAACCCCGGUGUCCUGGCCAAAUUCCCUCCAUCGGCCCUUACCAAUAAUGGCCUCCUAAUAAUCCCUAUCCAUUGAAUUGGCUCUGUCACUCUCUCUCCUCUCCACCUAUAGCUGGUGUGUGGUGAGUGCACUGGUGCCAUUGCACUGUGGCUGCUGUCGCAUCCUCCAAGUGGAAUUUGCACACUGGUGGUGGGUGAGGAGAGAGCCCUGAUAUGAUUGUAAAGCACUUUGGGUGUACAGUAGUACAUAUGAAAGCACUAUAUAAAUGCCUCAUUCAUUCAUUCAGUGCUAACAUCUCUUAAGGAUGAAGAAAUUUUUGUGAUCCCAACCAACUCAGCUGUUGUAUUUUACUAAGAUACAGCUGAGAUAAGAUACACAAUCACAACUCUGAUGAUCAGGAAGGAGAGCGUUCUUGACAGAGAACGCUCUCCUUCCUGAUCAUCAGACUUAUGAUUGUACAAUCAACAACUAUCUUGUUGAGGCAGAGGAGGCAAACAUAUAUUUAUACAUUUGCCACACUCUCAAAAAAAAAAAAAAAACGCCAGACUGCACCUUUUAAGGUACAAGCGGCCGUCACUGGGUACCGUCACUCGGUACCCCUAAUGUACCUAACCUCUAUUUAGACCAGAUUUGUACAAGGUGCUUAAAAGUGCUUGAAGUACUUAAAUUUGACUUUUUGAAAUUUAAGUCCUAGAAAACCUUUGAAAACGUUUCUCAAUAACAAGUAUGCCAACAUUAUAAUAUAAAAUAUUAUUUAUUGAACAAUAAUAGCCAUUAUAAACUUUCUGUUAUUAAAUAU